CCUUGAGGUGAAGGUCAAAUAAAAAGUUUUGGCAUCAUGGCGGCUCGAAGGCUUGCAGUGUCAGCUGUGGACUGGACUGCUUUUAAGCAGCGUGUUCCUCCAAGACAGCAAGAAUUUUUCAAGGCAUUUAAAUCUAAGAAUGAUAAUUUUGUCAAUAGAGUUCACCAGUAUCCAGCAGACCUGCCCAAAAUUGACUUCAGUUAUUAUAAAGGCAAACUUCCUUUCCCAGCACUUGUUGAUGAGUUUCAGAAGGGAUAUGAAAAUGUGAGCAUACCCUACCCUACUGACAAAAGUAACACAGUUCGAGAGAUUGAAAACCAGGAAAAAGAGGCUCUUGAAGUUAGCAAGAAGUUCAGAGCUGAGAGACAGCAGGAAAUUGAUGAUGCUAAGCUGGUGUUGUCAAAGAUUGACAGCCUGCCCAAGCCAGAUGAGAUGACAAUGGAAAUGUAUGCCUACUACUUUCCGGAAAAAGCUAUCAAUCCUCAGCGCCCAACUUUCUGGCCACACAUUCCCAAGAUGCAACCUGGCCACCCAGACAGCCACCUCAUAUAAUGCAACUUGUUUCGUGAUGGCAUGACUGCUAGACUUGUGUUUCAGAAAAAAGUGUAUUUGCAAAGCUGAUUUUGUUCUUUGUGAAGCUGAUAGACAUGUCAAAAGAACUGUAGCUCAAUAUCUCCAUUUUCUGUUGAAUAAAAUAGCCUUGGUUGACAUCUGCACUGUACAAGAGAAAAAUUAUGGAGAUAGUGAAAUAAAGACUGAUAAACAAU